GCGGCCCUCCCUUCCCUGAUCCCGUCUCUCUCGCCUAGUCGCGCCCUGUCCAAGAAAGCAGCCUCAUCUCUCUCAUCUGGAGACCGACGCAUCUCCACCUCUCCAAGGAACAGAGAGAGGGAGAGGACGCCGGGGCGGCGCUUGGCGGCCGGUUUUUGUGUUCGGCGGGCGGGGUUCGGAAUCUCAUGGCGGCGGCGGUGGCGGUGGAAGCGGAGCUGGAUCCGGUGGCGGUCCGCGCCGCGCAGAUUCUCGUCAGCCUCCGGUUCCGGAAGCUGCGGGAGCGGCCGGAGUGGCUCCCGGCGCCGGCGGGCGAGGCCUCCUCGCCCGCGCCGGCGCUGGAGGUGCCGGCGGGGUGGGCGAGGCGCCGGCCGCGGAGCCGCGGGAGGCACGGGUCGGCGGCUCCCUGGAGGAAGGCGCUUCGGGAGCUGGACCUCGCCGCCGCGGGAUCCGCCGGGGAGGAAAGGGACUACGCGGCGCCGGCGCGGCGGCCGGCGGAGGCUGCGGCCGGAUCCGGCUCGCCGUCCACGAGCUCCGCCGGCCGCGCGGCGCGCCACGCGGACGGGAAGGCGGCGGCGCACGCGGCAAAGGAGCCCAUGAAGGCGUCGAGCCCCGACACGCCGCUGGACUACGGCGCCGGCGGAUCCGGCGCGUCGUCGAGCGCGGACGACGCGGCGCGGCCGCAUGCGAAGCGGAGGGCGCCGGGCGCGCGCGGAUCUGGCGGCGGCGGCGCGUCGUGCGCCGACGACGACGAUGGCUGCAGCUCGCCGGCGAAGCGGGCGCGGGUGCUGGCAGCCGACGACGAGGAGCCAAUCCCGACGGGACCGAGUACGCAGAGCGAAACACGCGCAUCCAUCACCAAGGGCCUCGCGUUCGACCUGGACCUCAACCUUCCGCCGCCGUCGGACGACGACAACGCCUGUCCGGACGCCUGCUGAUCCAGGGACGGAUGAAAAAUUUUGCUGACGAAGAGUUCGCGCUCGUGGAAAUAAACCCAACCCUACACUCGAGUUGUACAUAAAGGAGGGCUGGCCAGUCGGGAGGUGCUGCUAAGGGGAGCGGCCUUCAUAGAUUAUUAUUGCGAAGUGCGAGGCUGAUGAGGAUGAUCAGGAGGCGGUGGUUUCACUGGAUCCUUGAGGUUAAUUUUAGUCAGCUUUGUUGGUUGCCCGGUGCUGGCGUGUGGCGAACAGUAGGUUCGCUCACUGCCCUGUUUAGUUCUGCUCUUCUUUUUUUUGUGAAUCUGAAUUCAAUUCAACUGAUACGGAACAACAACACAUACCUAUAGUUCAUUUCUUCAGUUUCUGAUCUC